AGAGAGCGAGAGAGAGAGGAGAAAGACGCGGAUUGAGAGUAGAGAGCGAGAGAGAAAGAGAAAGAGAAAGGACGCUACUGCUGUUACUAACUCCAUCAUCAGGAUCAGUUUCAGUAGUAUAGAGGAGCAGCGCUUCCUCAUCGUGCAGGCGUGAAUGAAAGCCAGACAGCUUUAAAGAGGCUAUACCGCCCAGUGCCGCAGCCAUGCCACCCCCGGCGGACAUCCUGAAGGUGGCCAUUGAAUGGCCUGGGGCCUUCCCCAAACUUAUGGAAAUAGACCAGAAAAAGCCACUUUCUGCCAUCAUUAAAGAAGUCUGUGAUGGGUGGCAACUGCAAAACCAUGAAACCUAUGCUCUACAGAAUGCUGACUCUACCAACUUCUACAUCACUGAAAAGAACCGCAACAACAUAAAAAAUGGGUCAAUCCUGCGGCUGACCACGUCACCAGCCCAGAUGGCACAUCAGCUGCAUGAGCGCAUCCAGUCUAGCAGUCUGGAACUUAAGCUGGACGCUCUGAAGCUCCUGGCUACCUCAUCUAGAGACAUCACCUUCGCCCAGGAAUUCAUCAAUCUGGAUGGCAUCUCGCUGCUUACCCAGAUGGUGGAGAGCGGCACAGAACGGUAUCAGAAACUACAGAAGAUGGUGAAGCCCUGCCUUGGGGAUAUGAUUUCUUUCACGUUGACAGCCUUUGUGGAGCUCAUGGACCAUGGAAUUGUCUCAUGGGAUACAUUCUCUGUGGCAUUCAUCAAGAAGAUUGCUGGUUUUGUGUGCAAGUCCUCUAUAGAUUCUGCUGUGCUGCAGAGAUCUUUGGCUAUUCUGGAAUCCAUGGUCCUGAACAGUCAAGACCUCUACCAGAAGGUGGCGCAGGAGAUCACCAUCGGCCAGCUCAUGCCCCAUAUUCAAGGAACGGAUCAGGACAUCCAGACUUACACCAUCGCUGUGAUUAAUGCACUCUUUCUGAAAGCCCCUGAGGAGAAGAGACAGUAUGAUGAGAACAUUGUCAACAUCCUUGAUUGUCCCCUAACAGAGAUGGCACACAUUCUUGCACAGAAGCAGCUGCGCUCCAUUAUCCUCACAAAUGUGAUCAGGAGCCCCAAACCCGUCAAUGAUGAAAUGGCCCAUCAGCUCUACAUGCUGCAAGUGCUCACCUUCAAUCUUUUAGAGGAUCGCAUGAUGACUAAGAUGGAUCCCCAGGACCAGGCUCAGAGAGAUAUCAUCUUUGAACUGCGCAGGAUUGCUUUUGAUGUGGAGUGUGAGUCCAAUAACAGUGGGAGCAUUGAAAAGCGCAAAUCCAUGUACACCAGAGACUACAAGAAGCUAGGAUUCAUUAAUCAUGUGAACCCAGCGGUGGACUUCACACAGAUUCCUCCAGGGAUGCUUGCGUUGGAUAAUAUGCUGUAUUUCGCUAGACAACACCAGGAUGCGUACAUCAGGAUUGUCCUGGAGAACAGCAGUCGAGAAGAUAAGCAUGAGUGUCCAUUUGGUCGCAGCAGUAUUGAACUUACCAAAAUGCUGUGUGAGAUCCUCAAAGUAGGAGAAUUGCCGAGCGAGAACUGCCAUGACUUUCACCCAAUGUUUUUCACUCAUGACCGCUCCUUUGAAGAGUUCUUCUGCAUUUGCAUUCAACUGCUUAACAAGACCUGGAAGGAGAUGAGAGCCACAUCUGAGGACUUCAACAAAGUGAUGCAGGUGGUGAGGGAACAGAUCACUCGUGCUCUGGUAAACAAGCCUAACUCUCUGGACCAGUUUAAGACCCGCCUGCAAAACCUGAGCUACACGGAGAUCCUCAAAAUUCGACAGUCUGAGAGAAUGAACCAGGAAGACUUCCAGUCCCGACCCAUUCUGGAGCUGAGGGAGAAGAUCCAGCCGGAGAUCAUGGAGCUGAUCAAACAGCAGCGUCUCAACCGUCUGUGUGAGGGCACCUGCUUUAGGAAGAUCAGCAGCCGCAGAAGACAAGAUAAAUUCUGGUACUGUCGUUUGUCACCUAAUCAUAAAGUCCUGCACUAUGGAGACCUAGAGGAGAGUCCACAGGGAGAGGUACCUCAUGAUUCUCUACAGGAUAAAUUACCUGUAGCCGAUAUCAAAGCCGUUGUCACGGGCAAAGACUGUCCACACAUGAAGGAGAAGGGAGCUCUUAAGCAAAACAAGGAAGUGUUGGAGUUGGCCUUCUCUAUACUUUAUGAGUCAGAUGAGUACUUAAACUUUAUCGCUCCUGACAAGCAUGAGUACUGCGUCUGGACAGAUGGGCUAAACGCUCUUUUGGGAAAGGAGAUGACCAGUGAAUUUACCCGCUCAGAUUUGGACACUCUUCUAAACAUGGAGAUGAAGCUUCGCCUCCUUGACCUGGAGAACAUCCAGAUCCCAGAGGCUCCACCCCCCAUCCCUAAAGAACCCAGUAAUUAUGACUUUGUCUACGACUGCAACUAACUUCCACUGGACCAAGUGAUUUUUCUUACAGGCAAACUGGAGGAAGAAACGAUUUUUAGAAAACUGUUAAAAGGAACUAAAAAGGAUACUUGUUUUCUUUGUUUCGCUGUACUUGCUAAACUUUUUUUAAGUGCAUCUAUUCAUAGUGGCUCAUGAAAUUUGCUCUUGAGUCACUGACCUGUCCCUUGUGCUUGGACAAGACCUACAUUCUAAAGGGUCCUCAGGUCAGAACGUUCACCUCGCAAAAAUCUCCACUGUCUAACAUUGCUGUUUAACUACACACACCUUGAAACUCUGGGUCACACUCGGUUAUGAUACUUGUCUAAUCCAAAAUUCUGUUUUUAUUUCCAGCCAUCUGGCUUCAGGCGAGAACCCACUGCGGAGUGUGUGCAGAGCCUGGGGAUUAUUGCUUUUAGCACUUACUGCAGCAUAAAUCAUACAUCUCUGUUUAGCACAAGGAGCAGCUAAGAGCGCAGAAGAAUAGUCAAUGUAGUGUAGUCCAAGUCCUCCACCACUGUAUUAGCACCUAGUUCAUGCUUCUUAAAUGCUAGACUGUUAAUUGAAAGGGGCACCUUCUUAUUAUAAUAGAAGCCUUGCUUUAAAUGGGUUCUUCCACACUGGUCUAACAGCCUGUGGAACUGUAAUACAAAAUUGCAAAUACUUACCCCCCUUCCUACCCGAUACCCACCAGACUUGUGGUAGACUGCUGUAACAUUCCAAAGCAAUAUUACACUUUCGUUUUUGUAAUAAGGUGUAAACUUAAGUGAUAAUUGUGCUGCCGAGUAGUCAGUAUUAUGUUUGUUUGUGUCAGUAAAGGGAUCAUUUUCAGGACCAUGUGAUAAAUCGAAUCAUUCAUGUUAAUUUAUGUUAAAUGAUAAAUACUGUCACUGUUCUAGCUGUUCUUUUUUAUUUUUUACCCCAUCAUAUGUUUAUUAAAUUAAGAGCCCUACAUCAUUCUGUUUACAUUAAAGAUCAAUUCCAAUUCA